CCACUAGCUUAAGAGCAGCAAUAAACGCGUCGUCUGAUCCCUCCGUUCACUUAAUUUCUUCGCCACAUUGAGCGCUUAGAUCUCCGGCAAUGGGAGCUCGAUGUUCCAAAUUCUCCCUGUGUUGGUGGCAAUCUAAUCUCAAGCCUUCAGUUGAAUCCUCAGAUCUCGAGAACGGGACAAAUGAUCAGAAUGCGUUGCCUGUUUUCACUGAGUUUGGCUUUGAGCAGCUGAGGAUUGCCACCUCUGGAUUCUCUGUUGAUAACAUUGUCUCCGAGCACGGUGAGAAAGCUCCAAAUGUUGUUUAUAAAGGAAGGCUGGAAAACGAUCGCUGGAUCGCCGUUAAGCGUUUCAACAAGUCCGCUUGGCCUGACACUCGCCAAUUCCUCGAGGAAGCGCGAUCUGUGGGUCAGCUUCGGAACGAGCGGUUGGCCAAUCUUGUCGGCUGCUGCUGUGAAGGUGAUGAGAGGUUACUCGUUGCUGAGUUCAUGCCCAAUGAAACACUUGCCAAACAUCUUUUCCACUGGGAGAGCCAGCCCAUGAAAUGGGCAAUGAGGUUGCGAGUUGCCUUGUAUUUGGCUCUAGCUUUGGAAUAUUGCAGCAGUAGAGGACGUGCAUUGUAUCACGAUCUCAAUGCUUACAGAAUCUUGUUUGAUCAGGAUGGCAAUCCUAGGCUGUCAUGCUUUGGUCUCAUGAAGAAUAGCAGAGAUGGCAAGAGCUAUAGCACAAACUUGGCUUUCACUCCUCCAGAGUAUAUGAGGACAGGUAGAGUAACACCAGAAAGUGUAGUUUACAGCUUUGGCACUCUUUUGCUUGACCUUCUCAGCGGCAAACACAUUCCUCCGAGCCAUGCACUUGACCUAAUACGUGGCAAGAAUUUUUUGAUGCUGAUGGAUUCUUGUUUGGAGGGUCAUUUCUCUAAUGAUGAUGGAACUGAAUUGGUGCGAUUAGCUUCACGUUGCUUACAGUAUGAACCUCGUGAGAGGCCAAAUGCGAAGUCCCUUGUGACUGCUCUUACUUCUCUUCAGAAGGAAACAGAGGUGCCAUCGUAUGCUUUGAUGGGUAUUUCGCAUGGAACAGUACCUUCAACACAGUUGUCAUUGACUCCAAUGGGUGAAGCAUGUUCUAGAUUGGACCUCACUGCCAUACAUGAAAUAUUGGAGAAGGUAGGAUACAAGGAUGACGAGGGGGUUGCUAAUGAGCUUUCUUUUCAAAUGUGGACGAACCAAAUGCAGGAGAUGCUGAAUUCUAAGAAACAAGGUGACUCUGCUUUUCGAGCUAAAGACUUUGUGACUGCCAUUGACUGCUACAACAGGUUCAUUGAUGGCGGGACCAUGGUAUCACCAACCGUGUUUGCUAGACGUUGCUUGUCGUACCUAAUGAGUGACAUGCCACAAGAAGCUCUUGGGGAUGCCAUGCAGGCUCAGGUGGUGUCACCAGACUGGCCCACUGCCUUGUAUCUUCAAGCAGCUGCGCUCUUCAGCCUUGGGAUGGACACCGACGCCCAAGAGACGAUUAAGGACGCCUCAGCCCUGGAGGCCAGAAGGAACAGCAGAAACUGAAAGUGUAUAUAGGUUAUUCAUUUAUCCACUUGUCUUUUUUGUUUACUUUUCUGUAUCUAUCAUCCAUUUUUUUAAUAUUUUUUCUCAAUUUGAAUCUUUGCCAACUCAGGCAUUCUUGUGAAAAUUCUUUUUGUUGCUCCUGCAUCUUUCUAUUGUCAGUUUCGGUA